AUGGCCUCGGGAUACGACAGAGCUCUUUCAGUCUUCAGUCCCGAUGGGCACGUCUUUCAGGUCGAAUAUGCUCUGGAGGCUGUCAAGCGAGGGACCUGCGCGGUGGGUGUUAAGGGCAAGGAUGUCGUCGUUCUAGGAUGCGAGAAGCGAUCGGCAAUGAAGCUCCAAGAUACUCGAAUCACUCCCUCGAAAAUCGGCUUGAUCGACAAGCACGUCUGCCUUGCUUUCGCCGGGUUGAACGCCGAUGCCAGAAUCCUUAUCGACAAGGCCAGGGUGGAGGCCCAGUCGCACCGGCUGACAGUUGAGGAUCCCGUGACUAUUGAAUACAUCACGAAAUAUGUUGCUGGCGUGCAGCAGCGAUACACUCAGAGCGGUGGUGUUCGACCGUUCGGAAUCAGUACCUUGAUUGUUGGGUUUGACAAGGGCGACACUACUCCCCGGUUAUACCAGACGGAACCAUCUGGAAUCUACUCUGCAUGGAAAGCAAACGCCAUUGGCCGGUCGAGCAAGACUGUUCGAGAGUUUCUCGAGAGGAAUUACAAGGAUGACAUGGAUCGCGAGGCCACCAUUCAGUUGACCAUCAAGUCGUUGCUGGAGGUGGUGCAGACGGGAGCCAAGAAUAUUGAGAUCGCCAUCAUGGCCCCUGGCAAGCCUGUGGAGAUGCUCCCUACGGAGCAGAUCGAGUCAUACGUCAAGAGCAUCGAGGUCGAGAAACAGGAAGAAGCCGCUAAGAAGAAGACUGGGCGGACGCCUGGGACGGGCACGGCUGCCAUAUUAACGCGGGGCGGCGGUGAGGGGUCUGAGAGCUAG